GCUGAGUAUCUCUAACCAGGGCUCCCUUUGAAACAGGUGACGGAGAGGAUGGAAGUGUGUGUGUGGAGGUGUGUGUUAGUGUGUGUAUCUCUAACGUGGGUUCCCUUUGAAACAGGUGACGGAGAGGAUGGAAGUGUGUGUGUGGAGGUGUGUGUUAGUGUGUGUCUGGAGCCUGGUGGUGCCCGGGUGGAGUUACGGGCCGAAGCAGCGCGCCCAGAGGAGCGGCGACAUCAUGCUGGGGGGGCUCUUCCCCAUCCACCUCGGCGUCGAGUCACAUGACCAGGACCUGGCAGCACGGCCCGAGGCCACUGAGUGUGUCAGGUUCAAUUUCCGUGGUUUCCGAUGGCUACAAGCGAUGGUUUUUGCAGUGGACCAGAUCAACAACAGCACUGAGCUUCUCCCCAACGUCACCCUCGGCUACCGUAUCCAUGACACCUGCAACACCGUCUCUAAAGCACUUGAGGCCACUUUGAGUUUUGUGGCACAGAACAAGAUUGACUCAUUGAGCCUCGACGAGUUCUGUAAUUGUUCUGGAAAGGUUCCAUCCACAAUUGCAGUUGUCGGGGCAACAGGGUCGAGUGUCUCUACUUCAGUGGCAAACCUCCUGGGGCUGUUCUACAUCCCACAGAUCUCAUAUGGCUCAUCCAGUCGUCUCCUUAGCAACCGCCAGCAGUUCCAGUCGUUCAUGCGCACUAUUCCAUCAGAUGAACAGCAGGCCGUUGCCAUGGCCGCAGUCAUUGACCAUUUUGGCUGGAACUGGGUCAUCGCCGUGGCGUCUGAUGAUGACUACGGGAGGCCGGCUGUAGAGAAGUUCGAGAACGAGAUGCUGGAGAGAGACAUAUGCAUCGACCUUAACGAGCUCAUCUCCCAGUACGCAACCGAGGCGGAGGUGCAGGCGCUGGCCGACCGCAUCCAGAACUCGUCUGCUCGCGUCAUCGCCGCAUUCGCCACGGCGCCGGACCUGGAGCCACUGGUGCGUGAGCUCGCCCGUCGGAACCUGACAGGUCGCGUGUGGCUAGCAAGCGAAGCCUGGGCCACGUCCUCACUGAUCGCGAGACCCGAGUACCUGGACGUCAUGGUGGGAACGCUGGGCUUCGCCCUGAGGGCCGGCCCCAUACCGGGCUUCCGUGACUUUCUGCGGCAGAUUCGUCCCGGACUGAGCAGCUCCCAUAAUGAGUUUGUCAGGGAGUUCUGGGAGGAGACCUUCAACUGUUACCUGGAGGAUGAGGAAGGGUCCACCAGGAGGGAGAGGAAGCAGGAAGGGAGUGAGGUGGAGGGUGAGGAGGGUGGAGCAAGCCUUCGUCCCCGUUGCUCUGGAGACGAGGACGUGUCCAGUGUGGAGACGCAAUACCUGGACUACACACACCUGCGGAUAUCCUAUAAUGUUUACGUGGCGGUUUAUGCCAUCGCCCACGCGCUGCAGGAGAUCUUAACGUGCAAGCCGGGGAAAGGGCUGUUCGCCAACAACUCCUGCGCUGACAUACGGAGGGUGGAGGCAUGGCAGAUCCUAAAGCAGCUUCGACACCUUCGUUUCCAUGACAGCCUGGGGGAACUUGUCAGCUUUAAUGAAGGAACAGAGCUCCAUGGCAACUAUACCAUUGUGAACUGGCAUCGGUCGCCUAGUGACAGCUCAGUGGAGUUCCGUGAGGUUGGCUACCAUCUCAGCGCCAAUGGUAGAGGGGAAGGAAAGCUGUACAUCGACCGCACAAAGCUCAUAUGGACUGGACAACUGACAGAGGUAAAGCUCAUAUUUACUGGACAACUGACAGAGGUGCCGUUCUCUAACUGCAGUGAGGACUGUGACCCCGGCACACGGAAGGGCAUCAUUGACGGGAUGCCAACCUGCUGCUUUGAGUGUACCGAGUGUUCCGAUGGAGAAUUCAGCGAUCACAAGGAUGCAAGUGUGUGCGCUAAAUGUCCAAGCGAUUCCUGGUCGCGUGGCAACCACACCAGCUGCUUCCGGAAAGAGAUCCACUUCCUGUCAUGGGCGGAACCUUUCGGGGUAACCCUGGCGAUCCUGGCAUCCUUGGGCGUCAUGGCAACGGCUUUCGUCUUGGCACUAUUCAUCAAAUUCAGGGACACGCCUAUUGUCAAAGCGGCCAAUCGAGAACUCUCAUACCUGUUGCUGACGUCACUGAUCUUCUGCUUCCUAAGCUCCCUGACGUUCAUCGGCCGACCCAAAGACUGGAGCUGCCGGCUGCGCCAGCCUGCGUUCGGCGUCAGCUUCGUGCUCUGCAUCUCCUGCAUCCUGGUGAAGACCAACCGGGUGCUGCUGGUCUUCGAGGCCAAGAUCCCCACCAGCGUCCAUCGCAAAUGGUGGGGCCUCAACCUGCAGUUCCUCUUGGUGUUCCUGUUCACCUUUGUUCAGGUGGCGAUCUGUGUGGUGUGGCUGUAUAACGCCCCUCCAGCCAGCUAUGAAAACCAUGAGCUGGAUGAUGAGGUCAUUGUGGUCACCUGCCACGAGGGGUCAACAAUGGCUCUGGGACUUCUGAUUGGCUAUACCUGUCUGCUGGCGGCUGCCUGCUUCCUGUUCGCUUUCAAGUCCCGGAACCUUCCAGAGAACUUCACAGAGGCCAAGUGCAUCACGUUCAGCAUGCUCAUAUUCUUCAUUGUGUGGGGCUCGUUCGUGCCGGCGUACGUGAGCACCCAUGGGAAGUAUGUGUCGGCAGUGGAGGUCAUCGCAAUCCUGGCCUCCAGUUUUAGCAUGCUGGCUUGCCUGUUCUUCAACAAAGUCUACAUCCUGCUCUUCAAGCCGUCUCGCAACACCGUGGAGGAGGUUCGCUGCAGCACGGCAGCGCACGCCUUCAAAGCAGCCGCCAGGGCCACGCUACGCCACGGCUCCAACGCCUCGCGCAAACGCUCUUCCUCACCUUCGCUCUCCUCAUCCUCAUCCUCCAAGCCUGAGAUGGAGGGGGGGGGGUCUCUGGAGAGCGGGCGGGAGCGGGAGCGGGGCAGGGCGCCCCGAGUUAGCUUUGAGGGGAUGUCAAUGUCUGGCUGCGACAGGAGGAGGGACUCGGAGCUGUCCAAGCCCUGAUAGGAUGAGAGAGAACAUGUGUAAAAAUGGACACACACCUGCUCAACACAGCAUCACACACACACCUGCU